UGUGGGCAGAAAAACUUAACAGUUUGAGGAGCCGGUGAGUGACAGCAGGGGAGCCCCGGAGCUGCGUGCCGUGUGCGCUACAUGGGCGCGCUGUCUAGUGACCCCCACAGGGGUCCGCGCCCCACUACCCUGCCUCGGUCCAGGUCUCCUUUAGGCCUCCUGCUAGGACCACUGACAUCCUCGCUUUCGUAGUCCUUUCUGCUGUCCUGUCCACCUGUCUUUCACGGCUCCGCCCCUCAUCCCUCACUGGUACCAUUUAUGUAAACAUCCGACUGAAACUUGGUUGAAGGAAGAAGGUGGAGUACGUGCUUGAGGGUCCAGAAAAUCCAGGAAAGGGGUUUGGAUUCCCUCAAGCCUUGAACUGAAGUUAUUAGCAGGUCGUUGUGAGCGGAUGGGCAUAAGUGCUGUGGACUAAACUCAGGGUUGCUGAUUGUGAAAGCAAAGAGAGCCUUGAGUUGGCUGACAUCUCAGUGCCAGGGAUAUAGAGGCAAAGCCAGCUGCUCCAGAGAUGGCCUUUGAACUCUUCAGCAUGGCCCCUUCCUACGACAGCCUGGCCAUACAGAGAAUCCCACUGAGGACUGACAUAAUCCAAGCUGAGCCCAUGAAGACCUUGGCCCCAUCCAAAUCGAAGCUCAGCACCAUUGAGGCCAAGAGAAUCAUGUCAGUAUUGGAUGAGGCCAUACAAAAAGUGGAGCUGGUGACCCUGAUGUCCUACGUGGAGUCCCACCCAGAAGUUCUGGAGGGAAUGUUCCCUGACAACUUGGUGAGGGCCAUAAGAGAGCAUUUGGACAUUGGCCAGGUCUUGCUGGAGGGCGCCAGCAUCCUGCAGGAGAAACAGAAGCAGCUGGAGGAAGAGGAGGAAGCUGAGGAAGCCUGGUGCCAGGACCGCCUACUAUCCAUAGAGCUAUGCAGGGCCAGUCUGGGGCCACUGACACACCAGUUCCGAGACUCCACCAAGGCUAUCCUGAGGCUCCUGACCAAUGACUCCCAGGUCAUCACGCUGCUGCAGAUGCAGGCACCAGGCAGAAGCCCGGGGGCCCAGCGCCUCCUGGACAGCCUGGUGGAGCUUCGUGGCUUCCUCUUUGAAAAACUACUCACCAGCCCUAUGGAGGUGAAGGAGAAGAACCAGUUCAUGCAGGACAUCAACCGGAGGAAUGAAAGGAACCAAGAAGUGAUUGACGCCCUCCAGGCUGAGCUGGCAGAGGUGCUGAAGAGUAAGGAGUCCGAGGUGGAGAAGGAGAAUUUUGUGAUCCAAGAACUGAAGAACCACCUGCACCAGGUGUUCAAGUUCUCGGAGAACAGCCUCCUCCGCACAAAGCAGGAGGCAGAGAAACAGCAGAAGGUGGAUUACCGGGCCUCCCAGGCUAGGCUGGCCAAGAUACAGCAAGAGAUCCUGGCACUUCGUACACAGUUCCACAAUCUGGUCAUGGAGAACCGGGAGAUGGAGCAGGCCCUAAGGAAGAAAAAAUAUAAAGUGGAGACUGAAAUUGAGAACUGGAUCCAGAAAUAUGACAUGGAGAUGAGCGAGAAGCAGGACGAAUUCGAGGACCUUGAGAGCAUCCACAAGGAGGAGAAGCUGCAGCUGGAGGAGCUGAAGGAGAGGCAUGCGGUGCUGGUGGAGGAGUUCGCCCAGAUCCGCGCUGAGAGCGAGAUCAACUCCAAAAAGCGGGUGGAGGCAGAGCGCGAGAUGGUGCGCAUGGUAAGGGCCGCCACGCUCAUCCAGGCCGUGUGGAAGGGCUACCUGGUGCGCUCCAUGCUCAGGUCCAGGAAGAAGAAGCGCGGAAAGGGGAAAGGCAAAGACAAGGGGAAGGGCAAAGAGGAGAAGAAAGCCAAGGGCAAGGCCAAAGCCAAGAAGAAGUGACCGC